AUGGACAUCAUGAUGCUGGUGCAGGGCGCUUGCUGCUCAAACCAGUGGCUGGCCGCGGUGCUGCUGAGCCUGUGUUGCCUGCUGCCUUCCUGCCUCCCGGCUGGACAGAGCAUGGACUUGCCUUGGCCGGCAGUGGACAACCUGAUGGUCAGAAAGGGGGACACGGCGGUGCUUAGGUGUUAUUUGGAAGACGGAGCUUCAAAGGGUGCCUGGCUGAACCGGUCAAGUAUUAUUUUUGCGGGAAGUGAUAAGUGGUCAGUGGAUCCUCGCGUUUCCAUUUCCACAUUAAAUAAAAGGGACUACAGCCUGCAGAUACAGAACGUCGAUGUGACAGACGAUGGGCCCUACACGUGUUCUGUGCAGACUCAACACACGCCCCGGACAAUGCAGGUGCACCUCACGGUACAAGUUCCUCCGAAGAUAUAUGACAUCUCAACUGACAUGACUGUCAAUGAAGGAACCAAUGUCACCCUUACUUGCCUGGCAACUGGGAAACCAGAGCCUUCCAUUUCUUGGAGACAUAUCUCCCCAUCAGCCAAACCCUUCGAGAGCGGCCAAUACUUGGACAUCUAUGGCAUCACCAGGGACCAGGCCGGGGAAUACGAGUGCGGAGCGCAGAACGACGUGUCCUUCCCGGACGUGAAGAAAGUGAAGAUCGUCGUGAACUUUGCUCCCACAAUCCAGGAAAUUAAAUCCGGUACGGUGGCCCCUGGACGCAGCGGACUGAUAAGAUGCGAAGGCGCUGGUGUGCCACCUCCAGCCUUCGAGUGGUACAAAGGAGAGAAGAAGCUCUUCAACGGUCAACAAGGAAUCAUCAUUCAGAACUUCAGUACAAGAUCCAUCCUCACCGUCACCAACGUUACACAGGAGCACUUUGGGAACUACACUUGUGUGGCUGCCAAUAAGCUAGGCACGACCAAUGCCAGCUUGCCUCUUAACCCUCCAAGUACAGCCCAGUAUGGAAUCACUGGAAGUGCGGAAGUCCUGUUGUCCUGCUGGUCCCUUGUCUUGUCACUGCCCUCUCUCACCAGCAUACUCUACCUGAAGGACAUCAUUCUACAAUAAAUGUAAAGACCCAUAAAAGGCUUUUAAGGAUUCUCUGAAAGUGCCGAUGACUGGAUCCAAUCUGGUACAGUUUGUUAAAAGCAGCGUGGGAUGUAAUCAGCAGUGCUUACAUGGGGAAUGAUCGCCUUCUGUAGAAUUGCUCAUUAUGUAAAUACUUUAAUUCGACUCCUUUUUUGAUUAGCUGCA